AUGUUGUCCAGAACACUCCGACCGAUCUCAAAGGUUCUCAGAAGCAGUGUCAAGUAUUCUCAAGCAGCUGGUGAGCUGAACAGGAUUUUUUCAAUAGUUUAUUUCGUGUUUCAGGUCUUCCGUUGAGCGAAGGUGCUCCAGCGCCACUUCCGUCAGAGGACAGGGCUAUUUCUCCGAAAGUGUCCGCUCUUGUCGAAGAAAUCGCCAAUCUGAGUCUACUGGACGUCUCCGAUCUGAACUGGGCUCUCAAGAAGCGCCUCAACAUUCCAGAUCAACCACUGAUGGCUUCUGCUGCUUUCGCUCCAGCUGCGGCUGCUGCCCCUGCUGCUCAUGGUAUAAUUUUGUUAAAUUGCUCAUUUGUACGUAUUUUUUGCAGCUGAUGCUUCUGAGGCUGCUUCCGAUGUGCCACAAAAGAUGACGUUCACUGUGAAACUCACCAAGUUCGAUGAUACCAAAAAGAUCGCCAUCAUCAAGGAAAUCCGCAAUGCCAUUCCAGGACUCAACCUCGUUCAAGCCAAGAAGUUCGUGGAAACGGCUCCAGUCAAUGUGAAAGAGGACCUUGGAAAGGCCGAAGCAGACGAACUGAAGGCUGUUCUGGAGAAGGCCGGAGCUGUCAUCGAAAUCGUUUAA